AUGGCGGAGCUCAAAGAGGCAGACGCUGCUCAGCUUCACCAGGAGGACGUCGAUAUUAAACCUGGUGAUCGGGUUGCAGAGCAGGCGGUGAAGGAUGAAGCUGCAGCAGACAGUGAUGCUAAACCCUCGACUACCACGACGGAGCGACACGUUUCCAUCCAGACUAAACUGGAAGGUCUGGAGCUGCUGGUCGACCUCAACGGUGCGGGCCGGAAGUCUUGCCCUCUGUGUCCUGAGGAGAAGUUUAAAGCGUGUUACAGCCACAAGCUCCGCAGACAUCUGCAGAACCUCCACUGGAAGGUUUACGUAGAGUUUGAAGGUCAGAGGAUGUGCAUCUGUCACCUUCCCUGCAGAAACCUGAAGCCCGGCCUCAACGGAGAUCAGGCGUCAGGCAGACACGUGGCUCACUAUCACUGUGUGGUGUGUUCAGUGACCAUCGCGAGGAAGACGGACAUGAUCAGCCACCUCAAACGCCACGUCAACAAAGGAGAGACGGAGGCGAGCUACUCGGGAAGCUCCGACGUCCCGUUCGAAGAGCCGGCUCCGUCCGGUCAGGCGUAUGAAAUCAUGAAGGAGCUCGGCACCAACGUGCAGCUGCUGCCGAACCACACGACGCCACAGAAGAGCGACACGUACUUCAACCGCAAGAUGAAGACCAACAGGCAGCUGGUGUUCUGUUCUCUGGCUGUUCUCGCUGAAGAGAGAAACCCUCUGGAGUGUCUGGAUGCUUUUGGAGCCACAGGCAUCAUGGGCCUCCAGUGGGCGAAGCACCUUCGUAACACGGUCAAAGUGACGAUAACGGACAUCAGCGAUACCUGCGUGAAAAUGAUCAAAGAGAACUGCCAGCUGAACCACAUCCGGGCGGACGGAGGCUCACGAGGCACCCGAGGGCCCGACGGAGCCGGCGGAGACGCCGAGACGCCCAUCGCUACGGUGGAGGUUGCCAAGAUGGACGCCAACGUCAUCAUGCACCUGAGACCCUUUGACUACAUUCACUUGGAUCCGUUCGGCACAGCGGUGAACUACCUGGACGCUGCGUUCAGGAACGUCAGAAACCUGGGCAUCAUCUCGGUGACGUCUACGGACACGGGCUCGCUGUACUCCAAGUCUCCCAACGUCACGCUGCGUCACUACGGCUGCCACAUCGUACGCACCGAGUACUACAAAGAGCUGGCUGCACGCAUGGUGGUCGCCACCGUCGCCAGAGCGGCGGCUCGCUGUAACAAAGGCAUCGAGGUGCUGCUGUCGGUGGCGUUGGAGCAUUUCGUCCUGGUGGUGGUCCGAGUCCUCAGAGGUCCGACGCAGGCCGACGAGUCCACCAAGAAGCUCCGCAAACUGGUCCACUGCCAGUGGUGUGAGGAGAGAGUCUUCCUCAAACUGGGAAACAUGGUGGACGACACGCUGCCUUGUAACUGUCAUGGAAGUCUGCCGGGGAAGACGGCCGUGCAGCUCGGACCGUUAUGGGCUGGUCCUCUGUUUAACACAGGCUUCCUGAGGAGGAUGCUCUCUGCAGCAGUGAAACACAGCAUGGACGACAUCCAGCCGCUCGUCAAGACUCUGAUCUGUGAGUCAGAGUGCACGACGCUCAAAUCCUUAGUGCACGGACCGUCUGCUCUCACCAACCAGGUAGAGUGUGGAGUCGUCAUUAAAACUUUACAGAGCGGAGACGAGUCAGCUGAUCAGUCUGGGAAGAGGAAGAGCGGAGAGGAUUCAGGGAACGUUGUGAAGAAGCUGAAGUCUGACGCGUCUCUGGAACAUCCGCCUUUCUACUACAGCAUCCACCGCCACAGCAUCCGAGGCAUGAACAUGCCCAAGCUGAAUAAGUUCCUGCAGUACCUGACGGAGGCCGGCUUCCGGGUGAGUCGGACCCACUUCGACCCGACGGGGGUUCGAACCGACGCCACGCUGGUCCAGUUCAAAUCUGUCCUGACCAAAUACAGCGUGCCCACGUACGCCAACGCCGCCGCCGGCCAGAGCGGCGCGGGCGGCGAGACCGCGCUGUGAGGACCGACGGACUCCGGUUCCGGCUCCGGUUCCGGCUCCGGUUCCGACUCCGGUUCCGACUCCGGUUCCGACUCUGGUUCCGACUCCGGUUCCGGCUCCGGUUCCGACUCCGGUUCAGACUCCGGUUCCGACUCCGGUUCCGGCUCCGGUUCUGACUCCGGUUCCGGCUCCGGUUCUUUCUGCACUGAAACCUUCAAACUCCCGCCGACUGCUUCUUCCUGCUUUUAAUAUUUUACUAGAACAAAAAAUAGAAACUUCUUAAAUCCAGAAAAAAAACCAAAACUGACUUUGAUUUAAAAAAGAAACCAAACUGAGCCUCCGGUCUAUUUAUUUCAUUUUAGCUUUAUGUUUUUUUCUUUAUUAGCUGAUUAAUUGUAUUUUUAUGUUUCUCUUUUGCCUUUUU